AUGCAAGCGCUGCGCGUUCUCAGUAUGGCCGUUUCGAGGUUGCUGGUCUUCGCCCACAUUUUCACAACAGUCGUCGCCCAUUCUUGGGUUGAACAGCUCAUGGUCAUCGCGCCGAAUGGAACCUUUGUUGGCUCUCCAGGAUAUCCUCGAGGAAAUGUUCUUCGCACUGAUCCCUCCUUCAACGACAAGACCAUGACUAAUCUGAUACCACCUGAUGGCCGGGCUAAUCUGAGUCAAAUCCUUCCGAGUGAUCGGUUGUGUAAGGAUACACAACAGAAGCAAUCCCAGACAGAUGGUAGUCCAAGGCUUCAGGCAAAUCCUGGCGCUGCUAUCGCCCUUCGCUUCCAGGAAAAUGGCCAUGUGACCCUACCCCAGAACCAGCCUGGGAAACCCAGGAAUCGUGGGACAGUAUACGUAUAUGGGACGACGGAACCAAAGGACGACGAACGGCUUCUUGACGUACACAAUGUCUGGAACAAGGAAGGCACAGGAGGUGACGGGCGCGGCGUCCUCUUGUCGACGCAGAAUUUUGACGAUGGCCGUUGCUACCAGAUAAACAGUGGUCAGAUCUCCGAACAUCGCCAGGCCACGUACCCGCAUGAGGCAAACCAACUCAUGGGAGCCGAUCUCUGGUGCCAACAAGACAUUGCGCUCCCAUCUGAAGCGCCAACCGGCAAGCCCUACACGCUGUACUGGGUUUGGGACUGGCCUACAGCUCCGGGAGUGGACCCAUCCUUGCCGAAUGGAAAGCAAGAGAUCUAUACUACCUGCAUCGAUGUGGAUGUGAUUGAUGGUCCUCCUACUCAUGUCCGUGUACUGGCGAACUAUGUCGAGGAUCAGUCACUAAACAAUGCGGCCAUCCCAUCUCAGUUCGCAGAGGUCUUUGGAAUGGAACGUUCGUCUUUCUCUGUGCCUGUCUCUUCGACAUCUCGGCUGAUUCCGACACCGACUGCCGUUCCCAAGCAACCCACACCAGCGACAGUGACUUCUUUCAUUACUUUGACCAAGACCGUUCAGCCGAACGCCUGUCAGACGAGUCUAGGCUCAUCAACACCUAGCUAUUCCACGCCCAGUUUCUCUACUCCAGCUUGGAACUGGUUUCGAAAGCCUGUCUAA